CUCAAAAGGAAAAAGUCGAUGUUUUGACACUGUCGGUUUGACGCGCUACUGUACACGCGCUGUCGAGAUCGAUUUGCAAACGUCACAUCUUUGGAAGAGCCAGCGGUGGCCCAUAUCCUUUGUCCUUAGUCUCUCCCAAGGUUGGCAUACGCUAGAUCACCACGUAAAAUGACUGUAAUUCAGUGGCGGCAGUUCACCUUUUUCGACCAAGAGCUGGUCGCCAGCUCCUCGGAGCCGGGGGAGGCACCUCAGUGGCUCAAGGACCUGGAAGUGACCGCAAGUUCCCAUGGCAGAGGUCACCUUUUCUAUGGAGAUGCCUCCGGCGUAGUCAUCAUAUUGAACCACUCGAUGAGCGUCGUGUUCAGCUUCCAAGCUCACGAGGGGCGCGUCACUCACUUGAGACAUAUGAAAUUCAAGAACCAGCUUGUGUCCGUCGGGGAGGAUGAGCACGGAAUACCGAUUGUAAAGGUGUGGAACUUAGACAAGUUGGACAGGAACGCGAAAACACCUGGUCUUCAACGGACGAGCAAGAUUCAAUAUGGCCAGAAGGUUUUUCCGGUCACGGCAAUAGCCGUUUUGGAAAAUAUGACGCAGGUGGCGAUCGGGCUGGAGAAUGGAGUCGUUAUCGUGAUCCGAGGAGACAUUUCGCGGGACAGAUUCACCAAGUCGAAGAUCAUUCAUGAGGGCAGCGAGAUGAUUACCGGGCUUGGCUUUUACGAGGACGGCAAAAGGACCAUCCUGUAUAUAGUAACCCUGGCACGAAUAUUGACCUGCGAUACCUCAGGCAAGGAUGUGAAGCAAACACUGGACGAAGAAGGGGGGGACCUAGAUACGGUCAUUCUGACACCGCAAGAGACGAAUCAGGAGAUUGUGGUGGGCAGGAAAGAGGCAGUAUACUUCUAUGGAUUGGAUGGGAGAGGACCAUGCUUUGUCAUUGAGGGCCAUAAAGCGUCCUUAACAUGGGUGCGAAACUACCUGGUGGUCGUUUCGCGCGAGGCACCUCCUGCACCAAGUCGCCAAUCUGCAUUAUCGGACUUCAUCGACGCCGAAAGCAGAUCCGUUCUGGAUACAGCCCCAUCGGAAACGAUGCCCGGAACUAUCUUGACUUUAUAUGACCUAAAGAACAAGUUCAUCGCCUACACCGGCACGUUCGGCGGGGUGGGUUCUAGGGCGCAGGCGAUAAAGUCUGUGCUAAGUGAGUGGGGUGAGCUAUAUGUCCUAACGGAAGAUCACAGACUUUACAAACUCAUGGAGAAAGACAUGGAUACCAAACUCGAUAUCCUGUUCAAGAAGAACAUGUACUCCUUGGCUAUCAACGUAGUCUGCAACGCGCCGCAUGCGCCGCCUAGCGCAGACGCCCCAGUGUCAUCGCCAACCAUGCCGAUCGGCGGGGAUUACGACUAUGGAACAUUGGUGGAAAUCUAUAAGAAGUACGCCGAUUGGCUUUACUCGAAAAGCGAGUACGACUCUGCCAUGGAGCAGUACAUUCAGACUAUCGGGCAUCUGGAGCCGUCGUAUGUGAUACGAAAGUUCUUGGAUGCUCAGCGCAUCCACAAUUUGACGUCGUACCUGCAAGCGCUACACGAGAAAGGCCUCGCCAAUGCAGACCAUACAACGCUGUUACUCAAUUGUUAUACCAAACUCAAAGAUGUGCGACGGUUAGACGAGUUCAUCAAGACCGGCAAAGAGCUCAAAUUCGACGUAGAAACCGCCAUCCGAGUGUGCCGCCAGGGAAGAUAUUACAGCCAUGCGCUAUAUCUUGCGAAGAAGUUUGGAGAAAACGAGUGGUACCUACGAAUCCAGGUCGAGGACCUGAAGGAUUACGCCCAAGCUGUUAAAUACGUUGAAGCUAUGGAACUUUCCGAAAGCAAAAGAUCGCUUGCGAAAUACGGUUACACUCUCGUCACGGAGAUGCCAGCGGAGAUGACACAAUUACUACUCAGACUUUGCUCGCCACGACCAACGGACUCUGACAGUCCCAGCGCCAAACCAGAGGACUUCAUACAUCUCUAUGUCAAUCAGGGGGAGUGGUGCAUCACGUUCCUAGAAAGGAUUCUGGAAAGCAAAUGGCAGCUCUCGAUCGGAGGGAAAGGGAAGCAGCCAGCAAAGCAGGUGAAGGACGGCGCGAAAGCGGAAAGUAGCCCAGCACAAGCGGAGAGUGUCGAACAAGAUAACGCCAGCAAGAAAGUAGUUUGCAACACUUUGCUGGAGCUCUAUUUGGGCGGAGGUCAUGUACCUGUCGAUGACGUCUCAAAUGAUGAACCUCCGGCAUCGCCUAUCGCGAUCGUUGAUGCGCCAACCCUAGCCCGGUGGCGAAUGAACGCAGACGAGCUCCUUCGGAAUCCAAAUGCUACGUACGACCUGAAUCAUGCAUUGAUCCUGUGCAGGACACACAAAUUUGAGGCUGGGACGCUAUAUCUGUAUCAAAAAAUGUCGUUACACAAGGACAUCCUGCAACAGCAUAUGGACGCAGGCGAUUACGCAAGUGUGAUUGCGACGUGUAAAGAAUACGGAGACGCAGAUAUCGGGCUCUGGACCCAAGCACUCGCAUUUUUCGCCGAACAAGGGACUGGAUUGGGCGGGCCCAAUCCGCAAGCAGAGCUUCUGGAGGUUCUGGACACCAUCGAUCGAAAGAGUCUGCUUCCGCCAUUGCAGGUCAUACAAGUGCUGGCGCGCAACCCGUCUGUAACCAUUGGGAUGGUGAAAGACUAUAUCAUUCGGAGGGUCGAGUCCGAGCGGAAAGCUAUCGAAGAGUCUCAGAAUCUGAUAACGAGUUAUCGGGAAGAAACGCGGCAAAUGAAAGAGCAGAUUGACGAGAUACGGACCAAACCCGUCGUCUUCCAGGUCACGAAAUGCGAAAUCUGCCGUCAACCAUUGGAGCUGCCGACGAUACAUUUUCUUUGCAAGCACUCGUAUCACCAGAGAUGUUUGGGCGAUGCCGAUCAAGAAUGUCCACGAUGCGCGCCGGAGCAUCGCUUGAUUCAAGAUCUUGUAUUAAGCCAGGAGGCAAAUGCCACAAGACACGAUGUCUUCAUGCAUAAGUUGGAAACCGCCGAUGAUCGAUUCGCUGUCAUUGCCGAGUGGUACUCGAAAGGUGCCUUUGCCACCACACGACUUGACGAAUAAAGCCUCCCAAGGGUUCAGAAAGGUCCGAUCCGACAUCAGAAGCUGGGAUAGCACGGAUAAAGGAGGGACACCUUACAGCGCGACGACGGGCCCGAGUCAUCAACGAGAGCUCGCGUGAGCGGAUGCUCAGUGGGUUUGCGGGCUCAGUCAUAGAUUGACGUGCUGGAUUAGGUAGACAGCGAAUAAGUCAUCGAGAUCCAUCGCACGUAGGUUUCUGUAGUCUCUUUUUUCGAGGCACCUGGCGAUCAGGCCAAACAGUCGCUGGUCAAUCCGCUUUGAUUAGGACAUAUGGUUUCAUAAUGCCGAUAGAGUGCUGGCGGAAGGAUUCGCUCGCCUCCUCCGGGGUUCAACGCAUGACCCAAGAAAGGCUCACAGCCGGUGUGCAAACAACUCCAUAGCAUCCUUUAUGAUAUCCACACUGUAUCUAUGCCAUGAAACAAUAUACA